AUGGGCUCCCUGCAGCCGGAAGCGGGCAACGCGAGCUGGAAUGGGACAGAGGCGCCGGGGGGCGGCGCCCGGGCCACCCCCUACUCCCUGCAGGUGACACUGACGCUGGUGUGCCUGGCCGGCCUGCUCAUGCUGUUCACCGUGUUCGGCAACGUGCUUGUCAUCAUUGCCGUGUUCACAAGCCGCGCGCUCAAGGCGCCCCAGAACCUCUUCCUGGUGUCUCUGGCCUCGGCUGACAUCCUAGUGGCCACGCUUGUCAUCCCUUUCUCGCUGGCCAACGAGGUCAUGGGCUACUGGUACUUCGGCAAGGCGUGGUGUGAGAUCUACCUGGCGCUCGACGUGCUCUUCUGCACGUCGUCCAUCGUGCACCUGUGUGCCAUCAGCUUGGAUCGUUACUGGUCCAUCACCCAGGCCAUAGAGUACAACCUGAAGCGCACGCCACGCCGCAUCAAAGCAAUCAUCGUCACCGUGUGGGUCAUCUCGGCCGUCAUCUCCUUCCCGCCGCUCAUCUCCAUCGAGAAGAAGGCAGGCGGCGGUGGCCAGCAGCCGGCCGAACCGCGCUGCGAGAUCAACGACCAGAAGUGGUACGUCAUCUCGUCUUGCAUCGGCUCCUUCUUCGCGCCCUGCCUCAUCAUGAUCCUGGUCUAUGUGCGCAUCUAUCAGAUAGCCAAGCGCCGCACCCGCGUGCCGCCCAGCCGCCGGGGUCCUGAUGCGGCCGCCGCGCUGCCGGGGGGCGCCGAGCGCAGGCCCAAUGGCCUAGGCCCCGAGCGCGGCGUGGGUCGCGUGGGCGCCGAGGCCGAGCCGCUACCCGUCCAGCUCAACGGUGCCCCGGGGGAGCCCGCGCCCGCUGGGCCCCGCGACGCUGACGGGCUGGACCUCGAGGAGAGCUCCUCGUCUGAGCACGCCGAGCGGCCCCCUGGGCCCCGCAGGUCCGAGCGCGGCCCUCGGGCCAAGAGCAAGGCUCGGGCGAGCCAGGUAAAGCCCGGGGACAGCCUGCCACGGCGCGGGCCGGGGGCGCCCGGGCCGGGGGCGCCCGCGACUGGGGCCGGGGAGGAGCGCGGCGGGGUCGCCAAGGCGUCGCGCUGGCGCGGAAGGCAGAACCGCGAGAAGCGCUUCACUUUCGUGCUGGCGGUGGUCAUAGGCGUGUUCGUGGUCUGUUGGUUCCCCUUCUUCUUCACCUAUACGCUCACGGCCGUAGGCUGCUCGGUGCCGCCCACUCUCUUCAAGUUCUUCUUCUGGUUCGGCUACUGCAACAGCUCGCUGAAUCCGGUUAUCUACACCAUCUUCAAUCACGACUUCCGCCGCGCCUUCAAGAAGAUCCUCUGCCGUGGGGACAGGAAACGGAUCGUGUGA